AGAUCAGUGAUAUCAGUGUGUGCUACGGUGCCGGGCUAACGGUUAUUCUCAGAUACAGGCACCUGCUGACAAAUACAGUGUGAGCGACUCAUCAUGGGAAACUGCACCUCAGGGACAAAGAAGAAAAGAAAAGAUGACUCUGCAGGAAAUGAUAAGCCUGCCGAGGAUGUGACGUACGCCUCGAUUGACCACAGCACUGCCAAAGGACCGAGAGCAUCCAGAGCUGUGAGUGAAGACUGUGAAUAUGCCACAGUUCAGGUCCCAGCAGCACUACAACCUGAACCUGAGUGUGGGUCAUCAUCCAAAGAAGAAUGUGGAGAUGAUUAUGUGCUGAUGGGGUGAAUAUGAAGUUCAUUUGGACCAUGGACGGAUGGAGAACUGGCAGAUAAUAUCAUACACUUGCAGUGUGAUGUUUGACUCAGACAUUUCAAGUUGAACUGAUCAAAUCUUGAUUUUCCAUGACGAAAAUGAGACAAAAUGAAAAAACAAAACCCUUCAUUUCCAACAGCAACUGUAGAAAAAUCCCCCCUGACAUGUUUCCCUUCACUUCUGAGGGAAUCUGACGUCUACAUUCCCCUGUGGUGUUUCUUUCUCAAGGACAAAUACGUGUCUUGCCUCUUUACAGCAGAAACCCAACCUCAGGAAAACGUGAAACUGACUUCCAAAAACAUGAACUUAAUAUCAGGAAGCACUAAGUCAGACUCGAGGACAUAAAGAUGCAAAAUGAUUAAUCGGUUCUUGGCCGUGUGUGUAUGUUUUUGUGUUAUAGUCAGAAUUACUGCACAUCACCUAGAAAAAUAUAUUAAAAGUUAAGAAUCUUUAUUUUUCAUGUUUUCAUCUGAAUUCCCGCAGCUUUGUGACCUUUGGAACACAUUAUCUAAGAGUAAUAGACAACUGAAAAUGGUGAGGAAUAAAAAAAUCCAUAAACCCAUUAAUAAUACCGUUUAUUCUGGUGGGGUUGAAAGUGGAACUGGAGCCAAUCUUCUAAAUAUUCUGAUUGAGCAGAUACAGGUUUGAUCUUCAUCACAGUCUCAAGCCUUUACUCCCCCUUUAACAACAGUUUCAGUUAUGUUCAGAUCUCAAAUACUUGCACAAUCAAUUGGCAAAAAACAAAUCAUUGAUGAUAAAAAUGAGGUGUUGAUAAAAUGUACACAUUUUAAAUCAUUUUUAAUGACAUAGUGCUUUCAAUACUGCUACUAUUGCACACCACUUAAACAUAAUA